AUGGGCGUCUUUGUCAAGGUGGCGUUCUUGGUCGCGACCGCGCGUGCCGAAAGGCCGACCCGUCUCUGGGACACCGCCUCGGUGGCACCGUCGCUUGUCCAGGUGGGCGGGGCCUCGCUCAGGCUCGCGCAGUCGCGGUCGUCCUGCCUGCCGGUCGAGCAGUGGCCGGACGUCGACGGCGGCGUGACGUGCGGCAGCUGCACUGCGCUGGUGCUAACGGCCCCGUACGGGGGCCGCUGCGACAGGUACUGCGAGAGCUUCCAGCAGGUGUGCGUCGCGGCCGCGGAGGAGGCCGCCGAGAACUGCGACGUGCUGUACGAGUCCCGCUGCGACGCGGAGAUCGCGGGGACGUCGGACAUGCUCUGCACGUGCUCGGCGGGCGGGGCCCCGGGCACGGCGGCUCCCGCGCGCCCGCCGCGGGGCUGCUGGGGCGAGCUCGCCGGCCUGGCCGCCGACGAGGGCGAGUCCGUUGGCGUGGCGUGGACGUCGUCGGAGGACGAGUGCAGGGCCGCCUGCGAGGCCGAGGAGGGCUGCGAGAGCGCUAGCCUUUGCCCGCAGUGGAGCGGGUGCUACCUGAAGGGGAAGGCUUUCUCCGGCAACGAGGCCACCGUGUCCAAGGGCGAGUGCAGGACCAUCUACCGCACGAGUUGCCAGGGUACGCCGCCGGCGCCCACUCGCGCGCCCACUCGCGCGCCGACCGCCGCGCCGACUCCGGCGCCGACCCCGACGUCGACCCCAGCGCCGACCCUGGCUCUGGCGCCCGGACCAUCGCCAGCGGGCGCGGGGGGCUGCUGGAGCCAGCUGGCCGGGUUGGCCGCCGACGAGGGCGAGCAGGUCGGGCAGACGAUCUACACGUCCUCGAUGGCCGAGUGCAGGGCGGCCUGCGAGGCGGCGGCCGGCUGCAGCAGCGUCAGCCUGUGCCCCCAGUGGGGCUCGUGCUGGAUGAAGGACAGGGCGUUCGCUGGCGGCGAGGCCACCGUGUCCAAGGGCGACUGUCGGACCUACUACAGGGCACAGGGUGCUGUCUGCUCCGCCGCUCCGCAGCCGACCGACGCGCCGGCCGCGGGUCAGAGGAUCAAGGUCGUCACCUACAACCUCUUUUGGUGGAAUGCCUUCGGCACCAAUCGCUGGUCCGCCGGCGAGAGCGUUCUGAGGAACAUCUCGGAGGAGUGCGACGACCCGUGGCUCGUUCAGCAGGGCACUGGCUACCAGCCGGCCUCCUCCUUCGCCGGUGCCCAGGGGACCUUUGUCGACGGCAGCCUUUUCGAGGUCUCCAGCGCCGCUGGGGCGACGGGGCACCAGGACCUGCAGGCGACUGGUAAGUGGGGCCCGCGUUACGCCACUUGGGCCCAGGUGACGCACAAGGCCACGGGCCGCAGCAUCUGGCACUUCAACACGCACUGGUGCGUGCACAGCGGGAAUGGCAGGACCUGCACCUGGGAGACGCGCCUCUCCGGGGCCAGGAACAUGGUCGACCUCAUCUCGGGGCCCAGGAGGCCUCGGUAG